AUGCUCGGUCGCCUUCUCCACCUCGGCUCCGGAGGCUCCGCCACUCCUCAGGCCCAAGCCGGCAGCAGCGGCGCCUCACGCCCCAUCCUCUCCCUCGAGUCCGUUCAGGAAGACAUUCACACGCGAAACCUGCUCUUUCCGGAUGCUCACGCCCUUCACCUGCACCGCAACGAUCAAGUCUUUCCCCUGUCCACGGCCCCGGCCACGCCAUCAGCUUCCGCCGCCAACGCUUUCGACUACAGCGAAGACAUCGAGCUCGACGUCCGCGACGUCCGUGUCAUCGUCCUACAGGAUGCCCUGGGCCCCGCCAACGCCUCCUUGCUCUUCGACAGCCACCCUUUUCCGGAAGCAUCCGCCGAGCGCUCCCCGGCGCGCAAGGAUGCCAGAAAGCCACCCAUGUCGCCGCGUGGUGACAUGGCAAGUCAGAGCCACGCCUCGCGACCCUUCGCCAGUCACAGGAGUCAAAGUUAUGCCGAGACGGACGCACAGCGGGCAGCCCGCGAGUAUCGGGAGGAGCUGGCCACCUUCUCGAGCUGCAUCUUUGGCAAUUCCGAGUUGAUGGCGUACAAGGGCACCUCGACAAAGGUUCACGUCGUGCCGAGCGAUUCGCGCCCGGCAGACCACUCUUCAUCCGUUUUCGGAGACGGCCGGAGCUCAAUUGGCCGUUCAAGCGGGCGCUCGAGCAAGCUGUCCCAGUCGCUGUCGUCACAGGCCGUCUCCCCGAUCAUUGGGCCCCCCGUUCCGCCAACCGGCACCGCUGCGCGCCAGAUGGACAAGAAAAAGGUUCUCAUAACGCGCCUGUUCCCAGUUAAUCUCCCCGUCGAUGAUGCCGACAACAACGUUUUGCCCCAGAGCCGCUUUUCCGACGACAAUGGCGCUUUUCCCUUCCCCGGGCCCGGCGAGGAACCCUCGCCAAAGAAGAAGUCCCAACCAAAGCAGCGCCGCACACCCAUGUACGCUGUGGUCUUGGUGGUGCAAUUGCCUCGCUCCUCGUCUCGAAUGUCUUCCGCCGCACCCCUCAAGUCCAUUUUCCGCGAAUGCGGCUCCUACAACGAUCAAGACCUCUUCUCCUCAUCCUACAACUCGACCAAGGCCGGCUGGAGCAUGGGAUCCGGCAUCUGCGGGGAUGCCACGGACUCUUCAUAUUCGAUCGACAUGGAGGACCGCAUUGACUCCUUGACCCAACAUUGGGACAUCAUAAUGAGGACUUUGACCCAUCUCCAGUCCAUGGUAGCCACGACGCUUCAUACGAUGCUCAAGCAAGCCGACCUUGCGUCGCCCGGCCCCUACAGACGAGGCCAUGACAUGUCUCGGGCGAAGCCCUCUAAGGGCACCACCAAACUCGUUUCAUUGUUACCAAACUGCUUGGUAGACGACAUCAACAUCGCCUCCGAGGUCGGCCUCGCCAGAAGCAGAGUCGUCAUGGGCCUCAGUGCGGCCAGAGUCAUCACCGGUCAGGGACGCUGGGGCAUCUGGCGCGACGAGGCCAUCUGGAUGUCUAGGUGGGCCUUGACUAUGGACCAUGGACAAUUCUUUUAUAACCUUCUCACCGGCUUCCUGGCGAUCCACACCGACUGGCUGCAGGCCCUUUGCGGUCCUACCUAUCGCAAGCGUGCCGCCACUGUUCGACAAGGCCGGAACGAAGAGGAUCUGUCCCUGCCUGCUCGGACAAUCAUUGUAUCCGAUGAUAAAAUGGCCGCCCGACGCCUCAUUUUUCUCCUCUCAGGAUUUCUUCCCGCGAAUCAGCAGGUGGCCACCGCCCGCACACAUCGGCCGAGCACGUCGACUUCAGUAGGCGGUUAUUCCCACUCGCCACCGACCUUUGUCGUUCCGAUUCUCCGGGAAGAAUCCCUCCGCCGCAAGAUCAAUCGCCGCAGUGGUCUUCGGCGCGCCUCGCACUCGAGAACAGCCAGCCAAAGCGCCAGGGGUUCGACAGUCCCAAGCCAACUUGCGCAGCUGAGCCUGGAGCGAAACCAGCACCAACGGCGAGCUUCUGAUGCGGCGUCCGUUCGCACCACAAACCUUCCUAUGCCCGGUCAAGACAUCCUGGUUCGUAAGAGCAGCGCUGCGACGACGACUACGGUCAUGGCAGAGACGACCACACCCCACUUCUCUAGCGCCCAGCAACAACGCGACGGUCAUAGGAGACGCCGUCCGGGUAGCAGCGGGAGCGUGGCGGCAGACGACCUCAAACGAUCUUUGAAGCGUGGCGAGAGCAGCGGAGGUCCAGCCGCCGCUACCAGUACGCGACCUCCGAGUCAAGGGCUCCGGUGGGGAAACCUCGUCAGCGGGCUUUGGAGUCCGCGUCGCAGGGACUCCCUCGAUGAUGACACUGCCAGUCCCGGCACAGAGUAUCGAUCACCGGUCAAAUCCAGCUUUGGCCGUUCCGAUAAACUAUUUGAGAUGGCCCAGGAGGUGGCGCUCGUGGAAGAGACUGAUGCAUCCAUGCCCAGCCGCAAAGGCCCUGGGAGCGGCGCCCGGAACUUUGGCGUGCCUCAGGACGACGCUACUCCCAGCCAGGCGUCGUUUGCGCAGGCGGACCGCACCCCGGACCCCUCUGGUGCCUUUGAAUCUCCCGUCAAGACAUCGAUCAACGCCGAAGACGGCGUCAUUGACGUUGACGUCCCGUUCCCCGACUACAUCGCGUCCUUUGAGUCUGCCAUCAGCUCACCGUCCAGCAGCGGCUACCUAUCCACACCUGGCUUCCCAGGCGGCCUGGAGUUUUUCGAGCAGUCUGCACGAUUUUCGAUCGACGGGGACUUGCCCCUGAACGCCGCCGGAUGGCUCAAUCGGUUCCAUCCAGACUUUGCUCUCCAGGCCCUGCCGCCCCAAGACAAUUUGCUGGAGAAUAUCAAGGCAUCCCUGCGAGCGGAACCGACGCCGAUUCAUGAUUGUGCCUCUGGAAACGAGACUUGUGAACGAUGGGUGGAUGUUAGCUCCGUCAUUAUUGCCGAUACGACGUCGAACUCGAUUACUCGCCACGUAUACCGUCGGCUGGUAAAGCCAAAGAUCCCGGCUGAAAGACCAGGCCAGUCCAAUGCGAACGGGCUGAUACCGCUGACGCCCUUUAUUCUAACUUAUGAGUGUCAUUUUGAAGAGGACUGGAUCGAGGAAGAUAUUUCGACAUCUGACACUGCUCUGAGGGAGGCUAUAGAGAGAGUGAUCCAUUUUACGCCAGACACCAGCAAAGGCAGUUCGACAAACUCAUCGCAAACGCCUAGUGACUCGCGACGGAGCACGGACAGCGGGAGGACCAUGCCAGAUGCCGUUUCAGAAACCACCCAGAUGGCCGACACACCGCUCGACAUUCCCCGAGUGCAGUGCAAGACAGUCAUUCUGUCGACGCUGGAGGACAUGGUCCGCGACGCCGUUGACAACCGCGAUUUGAAUGGUGAGGGCCGCGGCGGCAGUUACAAACACCUGCGGCCGAGCCAAAAUAUCCUGCGCGAGGCCGUCAGGCAGUGGGCGACGAACCUAGAGGCCGUGGAAUGA